AUGCACUGGAUAUCGCUAGUACUGCCGACACUGCUCCUGGCCUCGCCAGCAGUAUGCGACAGAACCCAAAAACCACCAGGCAAAGAUGCCAUUCUCCUAUCAAACGUUCAAACCUUGACGCUACGAGCCAACCGCCAAACAACCUCUCGUCGUGUGUCUCCCAUUCCCCAACUGAGCUGUGUCGGCCCCUCCAAGAAGGUAUGCGAUCUCUACCAGAUUGAUACAAUGCGCUGCACAAAUGACGGCUACGAUUACGAUGCCGAAGAUGUACAGUGGACAUGUACAGCCUCACUGCCGCCCGAGUUCAAGCUUGGAGCAACAGACGUCAUUUGUGAAGGAUAUCGAAGCUCCGAGGACAAGUGGGUGCUCAAAGGCAGCUGUGGAGUCGAAUACCGUAUGCUCCUGACGGAACAGGGAGAGAGGAGGUUUGGAAAGGCCAGCGAUGACUACGACUGGUCUUCUUUGCUUGGCAAUGCGAAGAAAACGUCGGGACGUGGCUGGAAGAGAGUUGUGGAGACUAUUGGAGAUAUCCUCUUCUUUGGGUUCUUCGCUGCUAUCUUCCUAUUCAUUGUUGGCCGAUUCCUUGCUGAGUGCCUUCGUCUUCGGGGUAACCAGAGAGGGCCUCCUCCUCCCUAUAGCAGCACCUGCGCCGAUGAUAGCUCUAGCUUUGGAUUUGGAAGCCGACCCGCUACGCAAGGCUGGAGACCGGGUUUCUGGACGGGAGCAAUGGGUGGCGCUGCAGCGGGAUAUGAGAUGGGACGGCGUGCCGCGAACAACAACCGUGCCUCCUCCCAACAGGGAGGAUCGUUCUUUGGUCGACAGAAUAACUAUGAUGCCGGAGAGGGCAGUUCGCGGACGCGUUCGUCGCCUUCAUUUUCAACCACGUCAACCAGCACUGGAUUUGGAUCGACAAGACGCAGGUAG